CCAUUAACCCAGCAAUUCAUAUCCCUUACCCCCCGCAGAAAAAGGGUCAACGAUAAAGAUGAGACGAUGAAUAAUAAUCAAACUCAAAUGAGCUCUUUCCAAUUCUUUACUAGACAAGAUUCAGAAUCUUUGCUCACCACAAUAUUUCUUUAGCUUGACAUCGUUAUUAUGCAAUCUCAUUCACUAAAUUAUCCAACUCUACUUCAUGUAUGUCAACAUAGAUAAAUAUAUCUGUAAACUGGACUGAGACCUUGAACCAAUGGCUUCUGUGAUUAUUCACCGCGACGAAGAAACGCCGUUAGUUGUUGCCACCGAUGAAUCACCGAUUCAAUUUCAACAGCAUAAAAGCCACACAAGAGAUGUUCAUAUUUUGAGCAUAGCGUUUUUACUCAUCUUUCUUGCUUAUGGAGCUGCUCAGAAUUUACAGAGCACUCUCAACACUGAGGAGGAUUUGGGUACGACUUCGCUUGGGAUAUUAUAUUUGUCUUUUACAUUUUUUUCUGUGUUUGCUUCUUUGGUGGUGCGGAUUCUCGGAUCCAAGAAUGCUUUGAUUGUUGGAACUUCGGGUUAUUGGUUAUACCUGGCUGCAAAUUUGAAGCCCAAUUGGUAUACGUUGGUUCCGGCUUCUGUUUAUCUUGGGUUUUGCGCUUCUAUAUUAUGGGUUGGGCAGGGAACAUAUCUAACUUCCACUGCACGCAGUCAUGCUAUAGAUAACAAUUUCCACGAAGGUGCGGUAAUUGGUGACUUCAACGGAGAGUUCUGGGGUGUAUACACACUUCAUCAGUUUAUUGGAAAUCUUAUUACAUUUGCUCUUCUCAGUGAUGGGCAGGAGGGAAGUACCAAUGGCACAACUUUAUUGUUUGUCGUAUUCCUUUCCGUUAUGACCUUUGGUGCAAUAUUAACGUGCUUUCUGCAUAAACGUGGUGAUUAUAGCAAGGGAGGAUACAAGCAUUUGGAUGCCGGUACUGGUCAAUCAAAGUCCCUUAAGUCUCUAUGUAGAUCACUCACGGGUGCACUGUCUGAUGUGAAGAUGUUGUUGAUCAUACCCCUUAUAGCAUAUUCAGGUCUACAACACGCUUUUGUAUGGGCUGAAUUUACCAAGUAUGUUGUAACUCCAGAAAUUGGUGUUUCUGGUGUUGGUAUUGCAAUGGCAGUAUAUGGGGCUUUUGAUGGAAUAUGUUCUCUGGUCGCUGGUCGUCUCACCUUUGGUCUCACAUCCAUUACAUCAAUAGUUUCUUUUGGAGCUUUUGUUCAGGCAGUUGUACUAAUCUUACUUCUGCUAGAUUUCAGCAUGUCGAGUGGAUUUAUUGGUACUUUGUAUAUACUUUUUUUGGCUGCUUUAUUGGGCAUUGGUGAUGGAGUUCUAAUGACGCAGCUCAAUGCUUUGCUAGGAAUGCUAUUUAAACAUGACAUGGAAGGGGCUUUUGCUCAGCUAAAGAUAUGGCAGAGCGCUACCAUUGCUAUGGUGUUCUUUUUGGCCCCGUACAUUUCGUUCCAAGCAGUUAUCAUGGUCAUGUUGACUUUACUAUGCUUGUCAUUCUGCAGUUUUUUAUGGUUGGCUCUCAAGGUGGGGAAUGCGUCGUCGCCCUCCACCAGUUAGUGAAUUUAAUGUUGCUACAAGUGCAAGCAUAGUCGUUUUUCCUAUACGGCACAUUUCCUUCAGUUGAAUGAAGUGUACAAAUUGUGACAGUUAUAAUUUAUUAACUCUCGUGUCUAUUUGUUAUUUACUGAAUAAUAUUCAGGAUGAAUUAGUAUGAUAUUCACUCAAUGAAAGAUCUAUCUAAUAUAUGUGUAUCCAA